AUGGCGCGGCCUGUUCCUGCGAUCAAGGUGUUCAGCCCCAUCUGGCGGCGGAACUUCUCUGCCUCAACUUCUCGGAGCGCCAUCAACAAGCUAUGUGACUCCGCAGAGGAGGCUGUCAAGAACAUGAAGGGUUCUUCGACCCUGCUGGUCGGUGGUUUCGGUUUCUCGGGUGUCCCUAACACCCUGAUCAACGCCGUCCACGCUCGUCCAGAGGUCAAGGACCUGACUGUUGUUUCCAACAACGCUGGCAUGCCCGGCGCCGGUCUCGGUCAAUUGCUCGAGUCCAAGCAGAUCACCAAGAUGAUCGCCUCUUUCAUUGGCGAGAACAAGGUGUUCGAGAAGAUGUAUCUCACCGGUGACCUGACCCUGGAGCUUACUCCCCAGGGUACCAUCGCUGAGAAGUGCGCUGCCGGUGCAGCUGGUGUCCCGGCUUUCUACACCCCCGCGGCUUACGGUACUAUCAUUCAAACUGGUGAACUCCCUAUUCGGUACAACAAGGAUGGCUCUGUGGCAGAAAUGUCCAAGGUCAAGGAAACUCGCACUUUUAACGGCAAGGAAUACCUUAUGGAAGAAUCGAUCUUUGGUGACUACGCUCUGGUUCGCGCGCACAAGGCCGACAAGCUCGGUAACUGCCAGUUCCGCAAGGCUAUGAACAACUUCAACGAGGCCAUGGCCAAGAACGCCAAGUACACCAUUGUUGAGGUUGAUGAGAUCGUCGAGGUCGGCGAGAUCGCCCCGGAGAGUGUUCACAUCCAGGGUGUCUACGUUGACGCUGUCAUCAAGAGCACCGCGCCCACCCAGAUUGAGAAGCUUACCUUCGCCAAGAGCCCCGAAGACCUGCUUGCUGCUGGCUCCGGUGAAGCUACCGCCCGCCGUGAGCGUAUCGUCAAGCGUGCCGCUAAGGAGUUCAAGGAUGGCAUGUACGUCAACCUCGGUAUUGGUAUUCCUCUGAUCGCUCCCUCCUACCUUCCCGAGGGUGUCGAGGUCGUCCUGCAGGCUGAGAACGGUAUCCUGGGUCUGGGUGGCUACCCCAACCCUGGUGAGCAGGACCCCGACCUGAUCAACCCCGGCAAGGAGACUGUUACCCUUGGCCGUGGUGCUUCCCUGUUCGGUUCCCACGAGAGUUUCGGUAUGAUCCGCGCUGGUAAGAUUGAUCUUACUAUGCUUGGUGCUCUGCAGGUCAGCCAGUACGGCGAUCUGGCCAACUUCAUGCUUCCCGGUAAGGUCAAGGGUGUUGGUGGUGCCAUGGAUCUGGUCGCCAACCCCGAGAAGACCAAGGUUGUCGUGACCAUGGAACACACCGACAAGAAGGGCAACCCCAAGAUUCUUGCCGACUGCACAUUCCCCCUGACCGGCCCCCGCUGUGUCUCGACUAUUAUCACCGAUCUGGCUGUCUUCGACGUCAGCACCUCCGAGGGUCUGACUCUGAUUGAGCACGCCGAGGGUGUCACCGUCGAGGAGAUCCGCAGCAAGACUGCUGCCCCCUUCAACGUCUCCGCCGACUUGAAGCCCAUGCAGCUGUAA